AUGCAGUUUAAAACCUAUUGUUACUUUGUGAGCAGCUCCAUCAAGACUUGGCACCAGGCCCAGGCGUACUGCAAAGGACUGGGAGGAGAACUGGUGAAGAUAAACAGCGACGAAGAAAAUGAGUUUGUGUUGAAGCUGGUUCACAAACGUGCACCAUCAGUGUCGAUGAUUUGGAUUGGACUUCAGUGGAACGCGCGCGUGCGAGGCUUCAUCUGGUCCGAUCUCUCCAUUCCUAAAUACAGGAACUGGGCUCCUUGGGAACCGAAUGGAAAUGCACGGGAACCGUGUGGAAACAUGUGGACUGGGAACACUACAGUUCUGCCUACACAUGCUCCUGGUUAUUGGAAUGACCGUAUUUGCCAACUGAUGCCCCGUUUUCCCUGUGGCCUGGUGUGCAAAAGCCUUGCCGAACCAGACGAGGCAAGCUCACCUCUGACACUAGCAAACGAUGAUGCAAUAUGAGAAUGUGAUUCUGAGUUCGUUACUGCAAUUUUCGAAUAUGCUUCACUUUCAAGAGAAAUAGAAUAAGACGUUUAGAUUUCUUUGCAUUUCUUCUAUUGUUUUCACUAUUUGAUGCUGAUAUUUUGUGUAAACAAUCUUUUGUUCUUUUCGUUGUGGUAUAUUUCAUAGAUUUACUUUUAGUCAGCUUAACAAUUAAACUCUUUUUACGAGAUCUGCGGUGAAGAUUUUGUUUAAGCCUGCCUGGUUUAUGAUUUCUGACUAAAUUAGAGAGAUUAAACAAAAAGGACAAUCAGCGACGGGAACGAAAAAGUCACUAAUAAAAUAAAUUCGUGUUUACGUUGUAUUAAACGGUUCCUUGCGAUACUAACCUCCAAGUCGCCGAAUUUUGUCAAAUUUAGUGAGUUUUUAAGGGGAGCGCAUGGCAUUUUGGUAACCGCACUGUAAUGUCUAGCCUGUUCAAGGCUCCAAAAUAGUAGUGCAGUAAUGCAGUAAAAAUUGAUGAGAAAAACGCGUCUUAUCUUCACUUGGCUUUUUGAGUAUGUGAGAGCCUAGCACAGACUGUCUAGUGUCGAAAGAAAAGAAACGUGUGUGCUUUCCUCCAUAAAAACGUCACAUUGGAGAAUUUCAUGUCGUGGCUGGGCAACCAUGGCAUCAAGAUAGAAAGUGAACAUACCAAAAAGCACGAUGUGCUUGCAGAGUUGUUGUUUUGCUUACUAAACCAAUUCCUUUUUAAGGUUUGGUUUGUGGAGAAAAAGAAAGAACUGUUGUCCAAUAAUAAGCAUUUAAAUAACGCUUGAAAGAUCCAAAAAAACAUCUCAGUUACAGUAAAGCUCAAACAGGUUCUUACAUAAAUAAUAAUUAGGACAAAUUUAGCCUAUUUAGGUUCUUAAUAGGUUGUUAUUUUCUGAAGAAAAAAAAAAGUAUGGUAGCAGCUUGUUCCUUAUAGGAAAUCUGCAUACUUAAUUGGUAUCUAUCUAAAAAUGACUGAGAGAAAAGACUGAAGCACUGACCACAAUGUGAAUUUUGAGGUCCUUUUGCCGAAGAGUAUUUAAUUUUUUUUUCUGAUUUUAGAAAAUAAGAACCCUUUUUCAAAUUUCACGCUAAACAGGUUCACGUAUAGAGGGGGCCUAUAACUGACAAAUUUUAGGCUAACAGGUUCUUAACGUAGCGGGUUUCUACUGCAUAUCUACAGCGCUCUUGCCAUAAGGAAAAAAAGAAGAAAACGAAAACGUUUGUAUUAUCAUACCUAGAACUUCAUGGAUUGCAUUAUGUCAUUAAAAAGUAGGAAGUUUUAAAUUAAAACAGGUACCAGCAUAUCAAAGGAAUCGCAAGAAACUAAUUGAAAACACCUGUGCAACAUAAGACACAUUGGAACAUCUAUCAGGAAUUAUAGUAAUUAAGAGGAAGUUUUAAAAUCAAGAAUUAUCACCGUAGCAAUGGAGAUUAUAAAUAAAUAAAAGCGGCCGUGUGCAUAAAGUGCCGAAAGAAUGCGAUCGUAUAACCUCGGUGGUCGUUACCAAUAUACGUAGAAAAAAGGUGUUCCACGGUUUGUUUCUAGAUCAUAAGGUUCAAUCUGGCGGGCUUACUUUCGUGGCUUCAGGAAUUUGGAAAAGGUUGAAAUACAGCUGAAUAUUAUGUAUAUUCAAUAUAAGAAUAAAAACUCGUUUAAUAAAAGUCGAAAUUCUCCUAAUCAACAAAGGAAGGUGUUGGUAACUAAUUCAGUAACUUGAGGGGAAUAGAUGUCCAAGGACGUAAGGGGAAGACGUUGGACCUUUUGACCGGAUGCCACUAAAGUAACAGGAGUUUGAAGUCGAAGUUGUUAAAUCUUCUAUAGUUCAAUGAAGUUAUUUUUCCUCUCAAUAACAACUUUGUGCAUGUAGACGACUAUUUCUUUCCACGUGCUCAAUUUUAGUUUUUAUUUUUCUCUUAUCCGUCGUUGCCUUUCCAAAGGGCCACCCUUUCUUGCAAAGAUAAGAGGUUUGGCGGGGAAAAUGAAACACAUGCAUACAGCUGAUGUAGUUUUCACGUUAGGAAGAGCGUACAUCACGUAACUUAGAGUCUCAUCAACUAAUAAUUUACGCUUGACCCGGUCCAAAGAUUUUUUUUUUCGUUGCUGCCAACUGACUGAGACACAAUGAGAAACAGCUGUAUCUAGCUUUUACGACUCUUAUUUCAGGGGCAACCAACAGAAAAUUUUGAGAAAAAGACCUAAAAACAACAAAAAAAAAAGCAUAAAUAAAGAUGUCUGAAGCUAUUUUAAGCAUUUUGGGAGAUUGCUGGGAAAAUUUAUCUGUUCCUCACUGCCGGCAAGACUGAUGAAGAGGUUCCCAGCCAGCAAGGUGCACCUUCCACCUACAACCUGACUUACUGGGAAGUUUCCCAACAGACGUAGGCCAUAGGGCAAAAUUCAGCCCUUCGGGGGGAGGGAAGGGGUUUGAUAGGAAAUUGGGUGUGAUCUAAGGGCUACAUUCACCCCUUCAGUGGGGGUGAGGGGGGGGGGGGUUGGAAGUGCUAAGAGGUUUCUGACAGAUAGCGCGCAGUAGCUAGCACCUCAAACACCCACAAUUUUCCAAUUUCCAAGGACAUAUUAUUUUGUCCAAAUCUCCCAGCCAGCAAAAAUUUGCCUGAAAAACAGAUAUUUUGAGGAACACAUCUAUUGGGUGCCCCUGUUAUUUAUUAUUAAAACUAAAUUUUCCGAUUGAAAAUGAUUUGAUGUUCAUUCGGUCGUAAAUAAGUACCAUGCGAAGAGAGGUUUCUCCUUGCAUAGCUUUUAGCGUUUACGAAGUCAUUCGCGUGGCUUGUCUGUCGCGUGGUUGGUUCGUUUACGCCCUGUGAGAAACUUAAACCUCGCGAAAAGACCUCGUAAACGCUAAAAGCAUGCAACAGAGAAACCUAUGCGCUCAGGAUAGUAACUCGAUCGAGAGGAAUAGAUAUCCAGGGCGAGGAAGGGAAGUCGUUGGACCUUUUAAUCCGCUGUCUCGUAAAUAAAAUUUCUUAAUCGCAAAAAUUGAUGAACAGGAACAGCAACCGGAACAGGACCUUUGCCAGCAUUGUGUUAAAUUCUCCAGCUCUUGUUUCUUUCCGGCAAUAUCUUUAUUACUUAGUCGUUCUUCACUCUCGUGCCAGUUCAGUAAAGGCCGGCUUAACUGUAAGAGAAAAUAUUUCCAAGUUCCAGAGAUUUGAAAAACGCGGGACGGGAUCUGCCGAGAUGAAAGUGCUUUCAGUAGUUCUACCUCUCUUUCUCGCGAUUUCGUGCGUGUCUAGUAAGCAAUUAUUUAAAUACAACUGUAGCUUUUGUUUCAAAUGCGAAACUAGGGUAAAGAAGUUAGCAAAAAUAGUCAUGUGGCAAAUUUGGUUUAAUCGAGCAAGUAGCAAAAUAAAUUUCAGAGAUCUGAAAGAUUCAGGGCAUUUUUAUAAGCGAUUAUUUAAUGUCUAAAUAUAUUUAGUGCACGGUAUUAAAGUAAACUCUGCCUCAGUGCUGUUCUCAAUUUCAGUUUUUUUUUUUGUGCGUUCUUUCCAGUUAAGAAAAAGCUAGGAAGGUAGGUCCAAAAGAAAUUGUGCCUUUUGGAGCAUUCGUUAGGAAAGCAUAAUGCAAAAUGUUGGUUUCAACGGCUAUAAGUUUGCGGAACCCUCAGAGGCAUGCUCCUUAGUUACACAAAGCGACUGAGCAGAUGAUUUGAGCGUUAGGCUGUGUUAGUGGGUUCAGCUGAUUCGCGUCGUUUAGCGAUGGCAGAGUGCCUUGUACCAGUUACGUGAAGCCUGUUUAUCCUUGUUUUCUUAUUUUGCUGAAGAGCUGACUUCUCUGUUGUUUUGAAAUAUUAAUGGCUUUAGCCAAUAGCCGUGAGCAAGAUCAAUCUUGAUCUGUGCGAACUACAAGCUGUUUGGCUCUUCAGAGAGUUUCUUGUUCAAACGACGUAACGCUCGGAUUAAAUCACCUUGUACCCAACAUGUAUGAUUCACAUUAAAGCAUAUAGAUCAAAUUGUCAGGGUUUUACGAUUUCUAUGCGUGUUACUGAAAAAGCUUUUGAAAGCUCUAACUCAAAAAAAAAGUUGCUUAUCGCUGUGAUUCUAGCAUGAAAUUUUCGGACCUUUAUGGGAAAGAAAAGUGCAAAUUUCCUUCUUCUUUACCUUCCUUAUUUUUACGCAGUGGAAAGUUAAAAAAACAUUUCAAACUGCGAAAAAAUGUAUGAAUUAUCAAUAAUUCUCCCUUGAAACAGUUUGAUAAUUUAAAAAAUUUCGUCAAAUCGUUUUGCUUUGUACACCAGAUAAACAAUCUCUUUCGUUUCAAAAUAGUUGGUCCAUUUAGAUAGGCAACGGUAUGCGCCUUUAUGUACGUACUCUGCUUAGUACAUUUAACCAUAUGCCUAUGUUAAAAUGCGCUAUAGAAGUAUUAAAUACGUGUAAAACAUGAGCUGUGAAGAAAACUGUUGUGGUUCACUUUAUCCUCGGUUAAUUUUGUUUCUUCUUUUCAUGUCAUAUAUACUGUCGUAAACAAAAAGAAAGGAGAACACAAUUUGAGGCAAGGAUAAAGUUGAGCGAAAGAAUACUCGGGAAACCAGAUAUGCGUCUGUUACGACCCCUUACAUUUUUGUGGCAACGGAUUUCGCUACCUUUGCGGAUUCCACGAAAAGAAAUUUAAACAACUGGUAAUUUGAAAUCAUUGCUUCGCUACAUUUUGUAAACCAUAAAUGAACUUCGGUUUUGUCUUUACACAUUUCUAGGUUACCAUUGUCCCAGGGACUGGAUGCAGUUUAAAAGCUACUGUUACUUUGUGAGCAGCUCCAUCAAGACUUGGGACCAGGCCCAGGCGUACUGCAAAGGACUGGGAGGAGAACUGGUGAAGAUAAACAGCGACGAAGAAAACGAGUUUGUGUUGAACAAACGUGCACCAUCAGUGUCGAUGAUUUGGAUUGGACUUCAGUGGAACACGCGCGUGCGAGGCUUCAUCUGGUCCGAUCUCUCCAUUCCUAAAUACAGGAACUGGGCUCCUCGUGAGCCGAAUGGAAAAGCACGGGAACCGUGUGGAAACAUGUGGACUGGGAACACUACAGUUCUGCCUACACAUGCUCCUGGUUAUUGGAAUGACCGUAUUUGCCAACUGAUGCCCCGUUUUCCCUGUGGCCUGGUGUGCAAAAGCCUUGCC